AUGGUGGCGCCGGCGCCGGCGGUGGCAGUGGCGGUGGCGGUGUUCGUGCUCAAGGGAGAGUCGUCGGUGCUGCUCGGGCGGCGCCUCUCCGAGAUCGGCAGGGACACCUUCGCGCUACCCGGCGGCCGGCUCGAGUUCGGUCUGCUCUCUUUUUCCUUGGUCUCUCUGAGCUUCUUCUGCCUGCACACUCUUCUGAUUCAUCGCCGUCCCGGUCCUGCCGGGGAAUACCUGGAACGACAGAGAUGAACAUUCGUGGAAACAACCCUAGAUAGGUCAUUUGCUUUCACUUCCCCGCGAGAAUCACCUGCGAGAACUCAGAUUGAGUACCAGACUACUACAGUCCUGGCUAGGUAGCCAACCUCGCAGGUGAGAUCGGAUCCUCUCCGAUCUCUUCCUCGCGAGCUCAGAUUCCUCCCCCGCUCGCUCGGAUCACCUGCUCUUCCCUGUGAGAACACAGAUCGAGUAACAGACAACUACAAUCCUAGUUAGCUAGCCAACUCGACAUCAUUUUGAUAAACCUUUUUCCUAAAACCUUAAUCGCUCCGAUCCGAUUCGAUCCUCGUCGCCGCUUCCGUCUGCCAUGUCUUGAAACAGCAGCAGUAGGGCGCAUGAUGCCUGGGGGACGACGAAUGAAGAACCCUCUUCAACCACCAUCUCCGUCGUUCCUUUCCCGCCGUCUCCCCGCCACAUCCGACCUCCCAGAACCCAUCUCCAGGUACAUCAUUGAAUGACGGGUGAAACUGAAAUCUGUUCAUCAUUGAAUCUCUCCGUACAACCAUUUAUCGCUAGCUUGCCACACACCAUCUUUACCGUCUCCUCAAUGCUCCAUUUCUGCAACCCUAACCGGGAGAAUCUAGUGCAGGGGAGAGCUUCGAGGCCUGCGCGAGGAGGGAAGUGAAGGAGGAGACGGGGAUGGACAUCGAGAGAAUCGAGGUCCUGCAGGUGAUCAACUUCGUGGAGCCCACCGGUCCGAGCCCCGCCCACUUCGUCACGGUCCUGGUCCGAGCCGUCCCCGCCGACCCGAGCCAGGAGCCCACCAACCUCGAGCCCCACAAGUGCGCCGGCUGGGACUGGUUCCCCUGGCCCACCGGCCUCCCCCGCCCCCUCUUCGGGCCGCUCGACGCCGUCCUCGGGGCCGGGCUCGACCCCUUCGGCCCACCCCCUCUCCCCCCCGCCCCCGUCUAA